AUGGAUGGAAAUUCACUUUCCAUCAUGGAAUUUGUGCCUCAGAACACGGGGCUUUCCCAAUCCAAGUCUUCUCAGAGUAAAAUAGCUAUAACUGGCUACCUGGGGCAUAGUAGAUUUGUCACAAAACUUGGAGUCCUCUCUCCAGCACCCACGACCAUGGCCUUCACUCCCGCACUGUGGGAGGACCCAGCUCCACGCCCCGAAUUUUGCAAGUGGCCAUGUGAGUGUCCCCCGUCCCCACCUCGCUGCCCACUAGGGGUUAGCCUCAUCACGGAUGGCUGUGAGUGCUGUAAGAUGUGUGCCCAGCAGCUGGGGGACAACUGCACGGAGGCUGCCGUCUGUGACCCCCACCGGGGUCUCUACUGUGACUACAGCGGGGACCGCCCGAGGUACGCAAUAGGAGUAUGUGCACAGGUGGUCGGUGUGGGCUGCCUCCUGGAUGGGGUCCGCUACAGCAAUGGGGAGACUUUUCAGCCCAGCUGCAAAUACAACUGCACGUGUGUGGAUGGUGCAGUGGGCUGCACACCACUCUGCCUCUGGGAGCGGCCUCCACGUCUCUGGUGUCGGCGUCCCAGGAGGGCCAAGGUGCCAGGGCAAUGCUGUGAGCAGUGGGUGUGUGACGAUGAGGCCACCAGGCCACGCAAGACCUUGCCACGCCACACCGGGAUUACCUUUGCUACCACAGGGACAAUGGAGCCAUGGCACAGAAAUUGCAUUGCCUACACAAGUUCCUGGAGCCCCUGUUCCACAAGCUGUGGCCUGGGUGUCUCCACUCGGAUCUCCAAUGACAAUGCCCAGUGCCGGCCUGAACAGGAGAGCCGCCUCUGCAACCUGCGCCCCUGUGAGGUGGACAUCCGCCUGCACAUCAAGGAAGGGAAGAAGUGUUUGGCUGUGUACCAGCCUGAAGCGCCCAUGAAUUUUACCCUUGCUGGUUGUAUCAGCGCACGCUCCUACCGGCCCAAGUAUUGUGGAGUCUGCACAGACAACAGAUGUUGCAUUCCCUACAAAUCCAAGACCAUUGAUGUUGCUUUUCAGUGUCCUGAUGGGCCUGGCUUCUCCCGCCAAGUACUCUGGAUCAAUGCCUGUUUUUGCAAUCUGAGCUGUAGGAAUCCCAACGAUAUCUUUGCUGACUUAGAACCCUAUCCUGACUUGUCAGAAAUUGCCAAUUAG